GUCAUUCUUCAAUCCAUGCACAAAUACAAACCGCGCGUUCACGUCAUCGUCCAGGACGCCAGCGUCAACCUGUCCCAGAUCCAGUCCUUGCCGGCCGAAGGGGUGAGGACCUUCUCCUUCAAGGAGACCGAGUUCACCACCGUGACGGCCUAUCAGAACCAGCAGAUAACAAAGCUGAAGAUCGACCGCAAUCCAUUCGCCAAGGGAUUCCGAGACCCCGGGAGGAACAGAGGAGUGCUGGACGGCCUGCUGGAGAGUUACCCCUGGAGACCGGCGCUGGCCAUAGACUUCAAGGCUUUGUCCGAGACGUCGGGCGGCUCGUCUCCGAUCCUCUCCAGCGGUGGGGCUCCGCCCCCUCUCCUCUCUCCACCCUCCCCACCCCCCACCUUCCACCUUCCGUAUUCCGAGAACUAUAUAAACGUCCCGCUGUGUUACCGGGUGUGUCCCAUCCUGAGGCCGCGCUCCUUCCUCUUCCCCAGCCAGGAUAAACGGGCCUAUCCGGCGCGGCCGCUCCUCUCUCCGCUCGUCCUGGACGUCCCCAUCUUGUCUGCCUUCGGAAUCUCCAAACCCAACAAACUGGAAGACGCCAAGGGGCCGUGCGUCCAGAGCUUCUCCCCCCCCGCGUUCUACGGACUCCCCACCCCCUCCCGGGAAACCCUCCAUUGUUCUCUACAUCCUUCCUACAGUCUGGUCAACUUCUCCGUGCCCCCCCAUUUCCUCGCCACCGCAAACCAUUUCAAGAUGGCGGACACUUUAACCGCGGCACACAGAGACGGCCGACCCGACAGUUCCCGCUGGCCGCCACCGCUCAACCAUUGCCUGUGAAUCACCAAAUUAUUUCAUACGAGAAACUUUGUUACGGAAUGGACUCGCCGGCCGACGCCGAUUAACCACAGGUGGACCCCAAAACCGUUCCUCAAGAACCCCACUUUUAUCUGACCGGCUCCAGAGCGGGAGAGCCAAUCACAGGAGUCACAGGACAAGAUGCCCUUAUUUACACAGAUACACCAUAUUGCCAAAAGUAUUGGGACGCCUGAAAUAUACACCCCUCCCCCUCCUCUAAAUAUGCACUAUAUUGUCAAAAGUAUUGGGACGCCCCCCUUUGCACACACAUGACCUUUAAUGACCCCCCAGUCUUAGUCCGGAGGGUUCAAUAUUGAGUUGGCUCCGCCCUUUGCAGCUAUAACACCUUCACCUCUUCUGG